CUCCGCACCCCCACACAGCGUAUCUGCGAUGAAAUCCCCUCACCGGCCCCUCCCACACACCCCUACACAGGCGUCUAUCUGUCAGUGCUCGUGAAGUCCUCAUUCACGAGCAGCGACGGAGGUGCCUUGGUGUCUCCUUUGUCUCUCUGCUGGCCACUCGUCGCCUCAGCCAGCCGCCGCACCGCGCGCACCGAGGCCUCCCUGAACAGACAGACCAAGGAAGGAAGGCACACACGCAUACAAUACACACGCGCCUCUGGGUGUCUGUCUAUGUGUGUGUGAGGCGCGUUGCCGCUAGUCAGCUCAGCUGACUGACCUGCAGGCUGUAGCGAUGAGGGAUGGCGAGAAGCAAGCUGAGGGCCCGAUUGCAGCCAGCACCGACGUCAGCACAGCGGGAGAGCACACCUGCGAUGAGUCGAGGAGACACUGACCUGCAAGGCGGCUUGUGGUGUCCGCGGUGUGGUGACCUCCAUUCUGUGUUGCAGGUAGAGAGAGAGCAGCGCCUUCUGGUCGUCGGCCGUCCAUUCCCACGGCGCCUUGGUGCUGUAGGCGCAGCCGAGCCGCCACGGCUGCAGGCACCAAACCAGACAGAUACCAACACAGAAAGAGGUAUCUGUGGGAUGUGUUGGUGGGAGGUGGCCGGUCACCCUCAUGAGCCUCUGGUCGGUCUCUGACGCGCAUCGCACGAUAGCCACCACCAUGACGGCGCCCUCAGUGCGUCGCAACGGCGGACCGCCAAACCGCCGGAUCCUGCACACACGCACAUUCCCGCGCAUUCACACAUGUGUAUCUCACUACUCAAACCGGUCGAUUUCGUCCAGUUGGUCGAUGAGCACGGCCUUCAUCCUGCCCAUGGUGUCCUGGCUGGACGUGCCGUCGACAUGGCCGUCACAGGCGUCGGCAGCUGGAGGUUGCGCGGCCCAUGAGUCCAGCCCCUCGAGCAGCAGGAUGCAGGGGGCCGACUGGCGCAGCGAGCGGAACACACUGGUGAGGACCUUCUCGGAGUGGCCGACGGUGGGGCGGAUGAGGUCGGCACACACCGUCACGAUGACAGACGCCCGGCACUCGUGCGCCAGACACUCGGCGAGGUAGCUCUUCCCUUACACACACAGACACAGAUACAGAUGACGGCGGCCGCAUGAAUGACGAGCGCCCUCACUCACUCAGCACCUGAUCCAGCGGUGCCCUCGAGGAUGAUGCCCACCGGCGGACAGUCCCCCUCUCCGCCAUCGCCCUCCCCCGAUGUCAAGCGACAGAAUGGACCCACUACAUUCUCACGCAGCCGAGCGAUGAGCUCAUCCUCCCCGCCCACGGCAGGAAAGCCCCGCAGCGGCAGGCCCGUAGCUGUCCACAGACACACACAGACACACAGACAUAGAGGGAGAGAGCAGAGGCCGGCGUGUGUGUUUGUGUGGGGGUGGGUGAAUGGCUGCCUGCCUGCCUGGGUCAAGUGGGUAGAUGCGUGAAGGUGACACAGAGGGCAUCGAGGGGCGGAAGGGCAGGUAGGUGAACAGAGAGCCUCUGACCCGACAGACAGAAACGGCAAUGAACGCCCACACAGUUCCGGCCGGGCAUGUGCCCAUUUACACGACAAACAUCCCUACUUCAUCGCUGCCGGCGUGACGUGCUCCAGCGCCUUUUCGAAAUCCGGCCGCUGCACGUCCAUGGGACUCUUGUCGGACUGGUUUCGGUGGAUGGCCCCUAACGCCGCCUGGCCGACCAGACCACAUCACACACAGACACAUCACAUGCAUGGCAUGAUGGCUGCCCUGCUGGGCACAUGGUCUACCUGUCUAGUGAGCGUGGCGAUGUCAGAUGGGAGCAGGCCUGCCGUCCAGCUGGCGACUUCGCUGCACAAAAAGGGAGAUCUACCUCUCUCUCUCUCCCUCUGUGUGUGUGUGUGUGUGUUUGGGGCUGACGACUGACUUGAGCACCGCCGACUUGUCAUCGACAGGGAGAGCCCGGCAGCACACUUCAAGCACCUGCAGACAAAGAAGCAUGGCAUGGUAGGUACACCUCUUUCUUGUCUCUAUCCAUCCCCCCUCCCUCCCUGUGCGUAUCUGACCGACCUCCCGUCUGGCCUGCUGGUCCAUCGGCACACGCAGCCGCACACAGCGGUCCACCAUCCCAACGCCCAUGAGCUCACGAACCAGCGGCCCUUCACUCUCCUCUCCCACCACCCACUCGCCAGUCUCAUCCCUCGACGUCGGCACAGCGGAGCAGACGGGCACCAAUGCCACCACAGACAGACGCUCGAGUGACCAUGUGCGCAUGAAGUGGCACAGCAGCUCGAUCAGGCACUUCCUCCUCCUCUCUGUGGCCAGCUGCUGCCGCCGUCUGAGUGUGUGUGUUGGGGGCCUGAGGACGUCCGCCGACUCUAUGAGCAGGAAAAUUGGCUGCUGCUGGUGCUGCUGCUGCUGCUGCUGCUGCCGAGCCAGAGAGGUGACCGCCAUCAGAGUGCCUUCGAGAGAGAGCUGGGGCAGCCUCGGCCCUUCCAACACCAACACGCCCGCCCUAUCAACACACACACACCCUAUCACUGCGCCGCAUUCACGGACCCUUUCUACCAGCCAACCUGUUCGCUCCCUUGCUUUCGACAGGCGUGUUCUCGGCGAUGAGCCGCUCAAUUGUGAGUGAGAGGUCUGCCUUCUCGUCAGCCGCCGCCCACGGGUGGGCGGCCGUCAUGUAGUCGACCAUGUUGACGGUGACGAGAGGUGGCCGGCCGGCCGGGUGAGAGGGGAAUGACAGGGCAAGACGCUCGCAGAAGAAGGACUUGCCCGAGCCUGCACACACACACACGGGCGCAACCACCACAGCACGCGAGAGGGAUUCCUCACUGAGGGAAUGAUGAAUGAAUGAAUGAAACGCGCGGAUGCUCACCUCACCUGAUGGGCCGACUACGGCAAUGCCGACGCUGUGAGGCGUCAAGGGCAGCCCUUCCUGUGCGGCUGGUGCUGAUCUCUCCAGCACCCACUGCAUGACCUCCUCUGCCAGAUCUCUGCACCCGCCAACCACACUCGUGAAGCGCUCCAGCCACGUACCCUCCAUUCCUUAGGCUCUGCGCCUUUUUU